GGUCAUUUGAAGAAAGUCACAGAACAGUACCCAGAUGACGUAGAAGCGUGGAUCGAGCUUGCACAAAUCUUAGAGCAGACAGAUAUACAGGGUGCUCUUUCUGCGUAUGGUACAGCAACACGAAUCCUUCAGGAGAAAGUGCAAGCCGAUGUCCCUCCUGAGAUUCUGAACAACGUGGGUGCUCUUCACUUCAGACUUGGAAAUUUAGGGGAAGCAAAGAAAUACUUCUUGGCAUCUCUGGACCGUGCUAAAGCAGAAGCCGAGCAUGAUGAGCAUUACUACAAUGCUAUCUCAGUGACUACCUCCUACAACCUUGCCAGACUGUAUGAAGCGAUGUGUGAAUUCCACGAAGCAGAAAAAUUGUACAAGAACAUCCUAAGAGAACAUCCUAAUUACGUUGACU